CCGAUCCCGAAAUGGCGUGGGUUUGCACCCGCGGACGGGGCAUUGCUUCGGGCUGCCCGGCUUCGCUGCUGACUGUAACGAAGCGUGCUGUGACAGUUUGGUGUUCAAAUGGAACCUCUUCUGAAGCAGUCACCCUGGAGCAAUCAGAGUAGUGGCUGGAGCACAGGAAAUAUAUCCUGGGGAGGAAUGCAUGGCAGAGACCAUCGUAGAACUGGAAACAUGGGAAUUCCAGGAACUAUGAACCAGAUCUCUCCUUUGAAGAAACCCUUUUCUGGUAAUGUCAUAGCUCCACCUAAAUUUACUCGCUCCACUCCAUCACUGACUCCAAAAUCAUGGAUUGAAGAUAAUGUUUUCCGAACUGACAACAACAGUAAUACUCUCCUUCCCUUGCAGGAUCGAAAUAGAAUGUAUGACAGUCUGAAUAUGCACUCUUUGGAAAACUCCCUUAUUGACAUUAUGAGAGCAGAGCAUGAUCCACUUAAAGGUCGCUUGAGUUAUCCACAUCCAGGGACUGACAAUCUUCUGAUGUUAAAUGCAAGGAGUUAUGGGCGAAGACGAGGCCGUUCUUCCCUCUUCCCGAUAGAUGAUGGGUUGUUGGAUGAUGGUCAUAAUGAUCAAGUUGGAGUCUUAAAUUCACCUACCUGCUAUUCUGGUCAUCAGAAUGGGGAACGAAUUGAGCGCUUUUCUCGGAAAGUGUUUGUUGGAGGUCUUCCACCAGAUAUUGAUGAAGAUGAAAUUACUGCUAGCUUCAGACGAUUUGGGCCUUUGGUAGUAGAUUGGCCUCACAAAGCAGAAAGCAAGUCUUAUUUUCCACCAAAAGGUUAUGCAUUCCUCCUGUUCCAAGAAGAGAGUUCUGUCCAGGCACUGAUUGAUGCCUGUAUUGAAGAAGAUGGAAAGCUCUAUCUGUGUGUUUCCAGUCCUACUAUCAAGGACAAGCCAGUUCAGAUCCGUCCCUGGAAUCUAAGUGAUAGUGACUUUGUGAUGGAUGGUUCCCAGCCACUUGAUCCUCGAAAAACAAUUUUUGUUGGAGGAGUCCCUAGACCAUUAAGAGCUGUGGAAUUGGCAAUGAUCAUGGACCGUCUGUAUGGUGGAGUUUGUUACGCAGGAAUUGAUACUGACCCUGAGCUGAAAUACCCAAAAGGUGCUGGACGUGUUGCUUUUUCCAAUCAGCAGAGUUACAUUGCUGCCAUCAGUGCUCGGUUUGUUCAACUUCAGCAUGGCGAUAUAGAUAAACGAGUGGAGGUAAAGCCAUAUGUGUUGGAUGACCAGAUGUGUGACGAAUGCCAGGGCGCACGAUGUGGUGGAAAGUUUGCUCCUUUCUUCUGUGCCAAUGUCACUUGCCUGCAGUAUUACUGUGAGUUUUGUUGGGCAAAUAUCCACUCCCGUGCAGGACGUGAAUUCCAUAAGCCAUUGGUAAAGGAGGGGGCUGACCGCCCACGUCAGAUCCACUUCCGCUGGAAUUAAACAUGGUGAACCAGCAUCUACAUAAGGAAAGAAGGGUGCAUGUGGCUUACUGUGUUUGAAGAUACUGACAUGCAGAAGAAAUAAGUGCAUUCUUCUGCUUUUCACCCCAGCUAUCAAUACAUGCAUCUUUAUCAGCAGCCAAAACACUACAAGCCUCUUGUUUUUCACCAAAACCCUACAUCUCAGGCUUACUAAUUUUUGUGAUAUUUUCAUGUUAAAAUAAAAUGUUUUUUUGUAUUUUCUCCAAGUUAUUUUUAUAUGUAAAGUUAAAACUAGAUAUGAGAAUGUUUUUGCGUAGGGGCACACAGUCUGCUGCUAUAUUUAGUGGGUGAAGCGUGCACUUAUUUCUAAACAUGGGUUUUUAACUUCAAGAUCUGCCCCAGUAAUUUACCAAAGGUAGCAAAAUAGUGAAGAUGGAAUAUGUCUGCUACAAAAAGCUUAUUUUUAUUGUUGUUGCUAUUUUCAGUGUAUACAUAAACUAAAAAUUAGGGUUGAUUUUUUGCUCUCCAUUUUGACUUGCAAGAAAUAAUACCUCAAGAUAAUCUGAUUUAUUAGCUAUUUUUAAACAUUUUUAAUCACAAGCUGUAUUAGCUUUGCUGCUAUAUAGGUGUUAUGUGUAAUGCCACCUAUUAAUACGGGAUUGAAACGUUUAAGACACACUGCAUUA